UUCUCUCUGUGGCCGCUUUUCUGAGCUAAAAGCUGUUUGGUGGGGUUUAUUUUCAUUUUGCCGCUGUCUUAUUAAACGCAGCCAGUUUCUUAUGAAAAGAAAUAACGCGAGGUGUAGGGGAAUGCCUGGAUUGCAAAGUAACUCUGGUGCUGUUUCUCAUGAUCGGGCCAUGGUGGACACUCUCGAACACUUCUGCAACUCUUCAGAACAGUCCUAUGAGCAGUUUCUGUCCACCUUCACGUACCUGACUGCAGAGAACAGGAUGAGGGGGAAUUUGGAGGUUCCUAGGGGAGAUAACAGCACCUCUGUUGGAAGUUUGAACAGAAGAAACAGGGAGGUUACAGACAGAGGGCUGGAUAUGGUGGAUGAGGGAGAAUCUCGAUUAAGAGUGGAGCAGAAUCAGCACGCACUCACUACACAGCUAGAAGUUACUACCUUAUCAGAGUAUUCCACUUUGUUAUAUCAAUUGUGCACGUUUUUUGAUAACUAUCUGGAUGACAUGGAGCCAGAAGAGGAGCCCUUGUAUGCUGGCUACCAAGAUGUAUCAAGGCUUCCUGGAGAAGUUGAGGAGGAUUUGCCAGUCUACACACCCUCUUUCUGUCAUCACACACUGCUGGAACUCUCUUCUACUGCCAAGGACCACAUGGCACACAGUCCCCAGACCACUGACGAGUGCCAGAGUGAAACUGAAGAAGUUGUACCUUUCAGUCUGGAUGACACCUUUGACUAUGACAAUGUAGUGUUGUCUCACAAACAUCCCACCCAGCACAUCAUGAGUGGAUCCUCUUGAAGCAUAAGUGACCACAGUCGAACUUAGAGAACCUAGGAAAUGGAGCAGCUCUGUAUCUGCCAAAUAAACAGCUCAUAAACAAGUCAUUAUGUUAUUUACAGAGUGUGGUAGAAGAGAACACAUUGUGCUGUGAUUUUGAGCAUUUGCUGAACUGUGGUGUGUUUUUCCUCGAUGUUUUUUUUUAAAGACUGUUUCCAGCAACUGUUCAGCCCAUAAACAGUGAUAAUGGUGGUUUGAUGUUGUGCUGCUCUAAUCAGCGUGUAAGCGCAGGGCAUUUCCUCCAAAAAAGCCAUCCACGCUUAAAGAGGCCUAUGGCGCUGCAGCCAGUUAGGGUUCAAAACCAGCAUUACUUUUUUUGCAUGCAAAAAUCUGCAGCAUGCCGCUUUUUUGAGCAUCCCACUGAGAAUGCUCUUGGGAGAGCAAUUAAGUUCUUGUCGUUACAAGCUGCAUCGCGCUGUGCUUUAUUCACUGGAACAAAACGCUUCAAGUCUUUUUUUUUGUUUCCUCUUUGUGAGCAUUUGAAAACCUGAAUAAAAGUCCUGUGUUUUAGUCUGACCAGGCUCUGCCCUUUUGUUCAUGGUUUUGCUUUUUAUUCUCACAUUUUACAGAAAAACUAGAAGUGUCUGUUAUUAAGUACUAUGAGUUAUUUCUCACUGUGCUUUCUGUAAUUUUCCCCCCUCCUUACAUACAUGUCUGCCAGCUUGCUGCACUUCUCUUUUUUCCUUUAACCUUUUUCACAAAUUUGUAAGAGUCCUGUUGUCACAGGGGAUGCCAGGAAUUCAAGCAAGAUAGCUGAACCAUGACUAUUCAUUUACCUCUCUAAAACAUUAAGAAGAUUGUGUGCAUAUUUCAGCUGGCUGCUCUGUCUGCGGCCAUGCAUUUUUAAUGCCCUUUCCUGUCAUCUCACAUUUAAUUGGUGGGUGGAAGGGCUGGAACAAGCCAGAAAGAAAUGAGACCUUUUCAGUGUACAGAGACGCACUAUUAUGCAAUUUGAAAACGGACAUGUUAGUGAAAAACAGAGAACACUCAGCGUAGUUAAAUUUGUUGUGAAUGAAUGCAUGAAAGUUUGCAUUGUAGUGCAAAACUACAGCAUGUUUUUUUUUUAUUAAAUUGCACAUUUACAAAAUAUGUCUGAAAGAAUUUCAUGUAUGCUAAUUGGCCAUUUUCUAUAACAUGAUUUCUUGUUGCUAAGUGAUGAGAGCAGACUGUAUGUGUGUGCGGGUUCACAUUUGACAGUUCCAACGUGCACUAAGGGGGUCCCAGCAGGUGGAAGCGGUCGCUGUUUGCCAGGUGGGCAACCUCAGUGUGCUCUGUUAGCCCAUGUGUGUCAUAACCACGGCUUUUCAGUUAGAGCAGCUCCUGAGAGAGAUUGAGAGAGAGAUAAAGAGGGCAACCCCUUUCUUCCUCUGCAUUCUAAGACUGAGGUGUCUUUAUGUGUAUGGUGUUUAUAGUGAAGCACUUAACAGCCUGGCCUUAGUGAUAAGUUUGGAAAGAACUAUGUAGGAAAAAGUCCAGUAUGUUCAUCUAAAUGGAUUCAACUGUGCCUUCAUGGCUUAGAUCACAUUUUCUAGAAGUGUGCAUUUUCUAAUUAUCUCCAAUGGUCCUAGACCCACAUUACAAAACAGUUCCAGAGAGAGAGUGGUAAAGAGAUAGAGAUAAAGGGGGCAACCCCGUAUUCUGCCCCCGCAUUCAGAAACAGGUGUACACGUGUGGUUGUGUUUGUCAGUAGACAAAAUUCUAACAGUCUUUCCCAGAUGAUAAAGUCAGAAUAAGCCUAAAAAAGCUGAACUUGUGUAUCUAAAAGAAUGCUGCUACAGAAAUGCUCAAGUUUAUGUAUUAGGGAUGUAAUUGAUUAACCGAUUAACCCAAAAUUAAACUACUGUCAACCAUUGCUGUCGGUUCAAAAAUAGUAAAUUUAAUUUGAUUUAAUUUACAGUAAACUACAUUUACUGCCUGUAUACUUUUUGACACCACAAGUGAUGUACAGUGGUGUGAGGAAAUCACACGUAUGUGUAGUCCAGUGGUUUUUAUCCGUUCCUCAAUAUAAACUGUAUAUAUUAGAAUGAAAUGUAUAAACUGUACAGUGAGAUUAAGGUUCCACAAUAGUAUUCAAAGAAUUAAAAGAUUUUGAGUGCAGGAGUGCAAAGGGUCUAGAUUAGUCCAGCUGGAUUUUAGGUAAUAUAAAGACAUUCAAUAAUCUGACUGCCUCUUUGGAAAAUUGUGUCAAAAGUUGUAGAGAAGGAUGUAGUGAAUGGUCAACUGUGGUAUACUGAGCCAAAGUUAGCCCUGGUUGUAGCAGUUGUGUUUGCUUUAACUUGGGCUAGUAAUGAGUGGUAAAUGUAACUUUAACAUUUUAUAAUAUAGGACUUUCUAUAGCCCAUCAUUGUGUAUUCCGUUCAUUUUAUCAACUUUUUAGGUUUUAGGUUUUGGCCAUGUAAUGGUGAACAUUACAUGACCACAUAGCUGCCCUUAUGUUGGCCAUGUCUAAUACAGUUUUGGGACAUUUACUUCACAUACAUGCUUUUAUCUGGCCCUAACUGUCGGUACUAUGUUCCGUUGUCCAUACAAUUAACACGGAUCAGUAUCUCAGUACAUUAAUGCAGAACUCAACUAAUGCAUGCUUUGGAAAGUGAAUGUAUAUCAAGUAUUUGACAAUGGCUUCAAACGUGUCACUAAUACUUUGAUGGGUCCAUCCUUGAUUUUAGACUUGAUUUUAAUAUUUAAUCACUGAUGAAUGAUGGUCAGUUAUCAGUCAAAAGAAUUAGCCAAAAAUGUGCAUAUCUAUUAUGUAUUAUUAAUGUAUUAAUUCUUAUAAUGCUGUAUGUACUUCAGACCCAUAACUGACAGAGUAAAGAAAUUAUGCCUUGUGAUUAUGCCUUUGAUUCUCUGGCAUACAUUAUUAUUAACUGCUAAGUUUUAUAUCCUUUUAAUAAGAAGGUGGGAUCAUAAGUGACUUUAAUGCUUCUUUGUCUGACCUGCAGUUGGUGUUUGGAGUCUGCUGUAUUGUUCUGUAAUGUAAUAAAUUGUCAUGCCAUUUA